AUGACACGCUGGCGUGAUAUUCUCUCCCGCAGCAAAGGGCGUUGCAGCAGCAGCAGCAGCAGCAGCAGCAGCACAGCAGCAGCAGCAGCAGCAGUAGCUGCUGCAGCAGCAGAAGCAACGGCAGCGUCACCAACGUUAUUACAACACCCUGGUGCUUUCUUUGCUGCGAAAGAUGACCGCCGCAACAGCUGCUGCAGCAGCAGCUGCUGCAACGCCAGCUGCUGCAGCAGCAGCUGCAGCAGCAGCAGCUGCUGCAGCAACAGCUGCUGCAGCAGCAGCAGCUCUGCUGCCUUCUGGUUCCCCCUUGCUGAGGUAGGGAGCGAGGCGCUGAAGGGUCUCUAUGAGGACAGCAGCAGAAGGAGCAGCAGCAGGAGCAGCAGCAGGAAGUGCAGCAGCAAGCAGCAGCAGCAGCAGCAGCAGCUCGCUCCGCUUAGCUGCGACCAGCUCAGCUGCAGCACGCGGUGUAUCGACAGCAGCAGCGUGUGCGCUCCUCCUGAAUAUAGCUGCAGCAGCAACUGCAGAAGGAGCAGCAGCAGGAGCAGCAGCAGGAAGUGCAGCAGCAAGCAGCAGCAGCAGCAGCAGCAGCCCGCUCCGCUUAGCUGCGACCAGCUCAGCUGCAGCACGCGGUGUAUCGACAGCAGCAGCGUGUGUGUUCCUCCUGAGUAUAGCUGCAGCAGCAACUACAGCAACAGCAGCAACAGCAGCAGCAGCAACAGCACGGCGUCAUCCCCCAGCAACAGCAACAGCUGCGCAGCAACAGCAGCAGCAAGCAACAGCACGGCGUCAUCCCCCAGCAACAGCAACAGCUGCGCAGCAACAGCAGCAGCAGCAGCAGCUGCAGCAGCAGCAGCAGCACGUGGACUUGCACCUAGCAGCAGCUGCGGCAGCAUCGGCAGCACUGUCUGCUGCUGCAGACACUGCAGCAGCAGCAGCAGCAGCAGCACAGGGGCCCCCACUCCUUCUCUCUCUCCUGAGUGUUCUCUGCAGCUAUACCUGCCAGACUUUCAGCAGCAGCAGCAGCUGCUGCAACAGCAGCAGCAGCAGCAGCAGCAACAGCAGCAGCAGCAACAGCUGCAGCAGCAGCGGCUGCUGCUGCUGCAGCAUGCAGCAGCAGCAGCAGAUUCAGACAGCGAUGCCCCCGGCUCCUCUCAGGGGCCACGGGGUGUAUCCAUCCGCCGCAGUGUCUUUGUAGAAAGCCCAACAGCAGCAGCAGCAGCAGCAGCAGCUGCUGAUGCUGCUCCUGCUGCUGCUGCUGCUGCUGCUGCUGGUGCGCAGGCGUCGGGGCGUAGGAGUUGGUUCGCUGGAGAACAGCAGCAGCAGCAGCAGCAACGCAGCUGCGGCAGCAUCGGCAGCACUGUCUGCUGCUGCAGACACUGCAGCAGCAGCAGCAGCAGCAGCAGCACAGGGGCCCCUACUCCUUCUCUCUCUCCUGAGAGUUCUCUGCAGCUAUACCUGCCAGACUUUCAGCAGCAGCAGCUGCUGCUGCAACAGCAGCUGCAGCAGCAGCAACAGCAACAGCAGCAGCAGCAACAGCUGCAGCAGCAGCGGCUGCUGCUGCUGCAGCAUGCAGCAGCAGCAGCAGAUUCAGACAGCGAUGCCCCCGGCUCCUCUCAAGGGCCACGGGGUGUAUCCAUCCGCCGCAGUGUCUUUGUAGAAAGCCCAACAGCAGCAGCAGCAGCAGCUGCUGCUGCUGCUGCUGCUCCUGCUGCUGCUGCUUGUGCUGCUGGUGCGCAGGCGUCGGGGCGUAGGACUUGGUUCGCUGGAGAACAGCAGCAGCAGCAGCAGCAACAACAACCGAAGCAGAAACAGCAGCAGCAGCAACAAGAGCAGCAACAGCAGCAGCAGCAGCAGCAGCAGCAGCAACAGCAGCAGCUGCAGCAGCGUAGAUACGGUAGCGGCUCAGUGUCGCUGCUGGGGUCUUCGCUGAUGCUGCCUGCACCUUCUGCUGCACCUGCUUCUCUUACUUCUGCUGCUGCUGCUGCUGCUGUUGCUGCUGCUGCUGCUGCUGCUGCUUCUCCGGCUGGCUCGCGGCGGGGACGAUCCCUUGAGGACCGAGUUAUAUUGCUGCGGGGUACCCGCAGCAGCAGCAGCAGCAGCAGCAGCAGCAACAGCAGCAGCAGCAACAGCAGCAGCAGCAACAGCCGCAGCCGCAGCAGCUACUGUCGCCGCUGUGGCAGUGUUUCGCUGAUGCUGCCUGCACCUUCUGCUGCACCUGCUUCUCUUACUUCUGGUCUUCGCUGA